CCUGUCGGAUCCGCUCGGACCGACCCAGCAAGGAAACCCUAUCCACCCCGUCCUCCGCCUCCGCCUCCCUCCCCCCCUUCCUUGCCUAGAUUACCACGGCCACGCCUCUGCCUCGAAACCACCACGAGUUCAACGCCGCGACUCCCAAGCCAACCGUCGAGCACGCGAGGGAGAUUCGAGGAGAGGAUUCGCGGCGAGUAGUAGGAGGAGGAGGGAUUAGCAACAGCGGCGUUCGAAGGGGGCGGCGAUGGAUCGGUACCAGAGGGUGGAGAAGCCGCGGGAGGAGUCCCCCAUCGGCGCCAACGAGAUCCGCAUCACCGCGCAGGGGCGGCCACGCAACUACAUCACCUACGCGCUCGCCCUGCUCCAGGACAAUGCAACAGAUGAAAUCGUUAUCAAAGCUAUGGGAAGGGCGAUCAACAAGACCGUUGUCAUUGUGGAGCUUCUUAAGAGAAGGAUUGCUGGUCUCCAUCAGAAUACCUCUAUUGAAUCACUUGAUAUAACUGACACCUGGGAGCCAUUAGAAGAAGGCCUUGUCACUCUUGAGACCACCCGUCAUGUGUCCUUAAUUACCAUCAAGUUGUCAAAGAAAGAGCUGGAUACAUCGUCUCCUGGUUACCAGCCACCGAUACCAGCUGAUCAGGUCAGGCCAGUAACUGACUUUGAUCAGGAUGCAGAAGCAGUACCAAGUGGGCGUGGAAGGGGACGUGGUCGCCGAGGAAGGGGCAGGGGAAGAGGGUUCAGCAAUGGAGGUGUAGAUUAUGAUGAUGAGAAUGGAUACCCAGAGGAGGCUCCACGUGGAUACCGUGGCAGAGGGAGAGGACGUGGAAGGCGUGGAUCCUUUGGGCCUGGAAGGGGUUAUGGCGGUGAUGGUUAUGCAAUGGAAGAAGCUGGUGGAUAUGAUGAUGCGGAGUUUAAUGCACCGCCUGCGCAAGGAUAUGAAGGUGGCAGGGGCAGGGGUCAGGGCCGAGGGCGUGGUCGCGGACGUGGAGGCCGAGGCCGUGGACCUCCUCCACAGGAGUAGAUUGGCUGGCUUACCAAUGACGGAAUGCUAUAACAUUCAUUAUUGCAAGAUUAAUGUUGUCUUCCGCUAUAACUUUAUCUGCUUAGGUUUAUUAUGUUUAAAGUUGACAUAGUGACUUCAGUGUGGGGGAUGAGGCUAGUUAUGAUUUUGUAGCUAGGUUAUUCUUCCAUUUUCUUUUGUGAAACAUGAUACCGUUCAAAUUGUGCAUUGUAGCCUCAGUGUGUCAUCAUCAAAUCCUGUUCAGAAGAUUCCAUUAUGAGGUUGGAAAUCGUGAAUGUGGAAACGUAAUUGUUGAA